UAUAGUUCUCUUUAUCCUCCCAUUACAAUUCUCAUACGUAGUAAUGGGUAUGAAGGUGUUCCACUCCGGUGAGAUCAAGGGUGGUGCCGGCUUGCCAAUAAGGGGCAGCGUCGAGUACCACAAACUCUGGAUCGCCCAGGACCAACAACGCCUCCUCUUAACGUCAAAGAAACAGCCACCGUCUCUCAGUUUUGCUGGGGGAGGUGUCACCACACUUAUAGCCUCUUUGGGAAGAUGUGGAGAAGUAGAAACGGGACUUAUUCUGAGCACGGCAGCAGUUAACGGGCUGCUUGGGCUGGGGCACGGCGCUUUGGGUGUACCCAAUCAGUUAUCAUCUGCAGGGGAAGGGUUGGUUCCGUAUUCCUUUUCUUUGUGUUUUGCAGCUGACGGCAAUGGCCGAAUUGCGUUUGGGGACAAAGGUGACUCUGAUCAGCUGCAAACGCCACUAGAAACUUCACACCAAAAUGAACUUCAUGACGGGAUACCAUUUGGUAUUUGAUCGAGAAAACCUGCUUCUUGGCUGGAAGCCUUCGGACUGUUCAAUAGCAAAUGCGGAAAAAAAUGUGCUGUUGGGCCCAGUCCUUUGUACCAGUAUAAGAUGUCAUACAAUUUCGGACUGCAUCAUCCCAUGUCAGUCCAAGGGCGGAGCCACCGGAUGCUUUGGAUACUUCACCAAAGAAACUUUUUGUUGUUGUAAAAAUGAUUAAUAAUCAUUUAGCUAUCCUUUUACAUGUAAGUCAGAAUAUAUAUUAAGGCUUUCUUCUUACCAUUAUAGUGGGUUCGUAUACAAAUUUCAAUUUAACAUCUUGGCUCUAUCUUAACUCUUAAGUUGGCCUGCAUAAUAAUUACAACCUUUCGAAUUUUUCCCCCA